AUGUGAGUGUGUGAACAAUGCUGCAUAAUUCCCUCCCUGCAACCCUGCAUCGCCCUGCUGCUGAAAACACUCAUUCGUGCAGCCCCUCCAGAGCCCCCUGUAAAGUGGAAGGACCCCCCUUCACAUUCAAAUCCCUCCACUGGAGCUCUCCGUGUGUGAAUGUGUGUGCGUAUGUGUGCUGUGCUCGUUGUCUGCCAGAUAUCAGCAGGUUGAGCUGGUCGAGGGAUAUACAGAGAGUGGUUUUGUUGGUUGGAGCCUGCCACCCAACCGCCAGCCCUUCCUGCAGCUCAGCUGAUCGUAGGACAGUCACAGAGCCACAAGCAACACGCUUUGCUGGCAUUCUGGAACUGAACUUCCCUUCUGACAAUUCCAUUGAGAGAACUUUUGGAGCACCUCCCAUUAAAAUACAGCUGUUCAUCACAGGAAAGAUGAACCUAGUCCAGCCUCUGCUGAUUGGCCUACUUUGUCAUUUCACAUGUGGGUGGGUAUCAACCUAUACACCUGAAGGGGCAGAGGAACAGAGGUCAGCCUUCUCCGUGGCCAGGACCAACAGCAUGGAGGGGGGUCCCAAGAUGGCUGUGACCUUUGACAAGGUUUAUGUCAACAUUGGCCAUGAUUUUGACCCCAAGACAGGCAUCUUCCGCUGCCGCAUCCCUGGAGCAUACUACUUCUCCUUCACGGUAGGGAAAUUCCCCCGCAAGGACCUGUCAGUGAUGCUGAUGAAAAAUAAGAAUGAGGUGCAGGUGAUAGUGUAUGACGAAAACUACAGUGAGGAGCGCAAGGUGCAGAGUCAGAGCGCCAUGUUGCAGCUGGACUUUGGUGACACCAUCUGGCUACGGCUACACGGUGACCCCAAGUAUGCUAUCUAUAGUAACACAGGCCACUACACAACCUUCAAUGGCUACCUGAUCUACCCAGACACUUAUGCCUUUGAGAGACCCAGCCGUCAGAACACCUUCAACGGAUAUGGCAAAGAGGUGGCAGCUCAUGAUGGGGAAACUUCUGAUGGCUUGAUUUCAGACCAGGCCAUUCAGAAAGUUAAAGAAGAGGAAGAAGAGGAGGAGGACCCCAGGUCAGCCUUUUCUGUGGCCCGCAGUCAGAGCAUUGUGGGAGUGGAUAAGGAGGUGUUUGAACACCAUCCAAUUACCUUUGACACAGACUUUGUUAACAUCGGUGAGGAUUUCAACCUUUCCACUGGCAUCUUCACCUGCCGAAUCCCAGGAGCUUACUACUUCUCUUUUAACAUUGGCAAACUUCCCCAUAAAAUCAUGUCUGUCAAGCUGAUGAAGAACCACCUUGAAGUACAGGCCAUGAUCUAUGACGACAGUGACAGCAAGAAGGCUCUGCAGAGCCAGAGCUUGAUGCUUCCACUGAAACGUGGCGACACUGUAUGGCUUUUCAGCCACCAGCAUGAUGGUUAUGGGGCCUACAGCAACCAUGGCAAGUACAUCACUUUCACUGGUUUCCUAGUCUAUCCCGAGAUCCCCCAGCACAGACAACAGACGGCCAGGAAGCCUUAAAAAACAUGAGAUCCCUCUCAGACUUUCUCAGCCCUGUUACUUAAUGAAUGAAGGGUUCAUUAAAGAAUGCUUUAUUCUUAGCAUUGUUUUCUUUGUCAGCAUUGUGGACUUUGUGAUUUCUUUUUCAUUUAUUUCA